AUGUUGGCAAUGUUCGCACGUGCAUGGCAGACCAAGAACGCAUGCACUCAGCUGGCCAUGUUGCCAGUGCUUUGCCGUUGGACGCUAGCCUUUGGAAUUCCAGAUAGUCUUUGGCUGCUGGUGGUUAUGGGCCUCGACAGCAUGGUGCAAGCAUGGCGCUGGAUCCCCAAACAGGUGCUGGCAGCUCAUUUGGCCCCAAGAGGUGUCGAAGCGACAACCUUGGGCUUACAUGCGGGGACCUUCAACAUGGCCUCCAUCUUGAGCCACCUGUCUGCCGCAUCCCUCGUUGAGCUAUGCACGCUUUGGUUGCGGACGAACAACUGCAGUCGCAAAGCUGACGUGAAGUUGAGGGAUGCCGGUGCAGGAUCAUUGCAAGAGGGGCGUCAGUUCCAAAGUGUUCGUCACGCACCUGUCGAGAUUCCCGCUGGCAGGUGUGUUGCCGCCUUCCUGUGCAAGACAAAGUUCGAGAGCUUGCCCGGUUCCUAUGCCGACACACAUGAGCAGCUGAACAAGAAGUUCAUCGAACUCGCAAAGGAAAGAGAGGCCUUGAUUGACAUUCCCACAGCCGGAGGAGCUUCGAUGCAGUCGGUGCAUGCUACCCACACGAUCUUGCCAUGCUGUCCUACCUUCACCAUCCUUUGCCUUGGCCAGCGCCGAAACGAGGGUGUUCUGCAGCCGUUUGGCCUGAUCUUGCCAGCCUUUUGCAAGUUGGUCUCCCGUAGCUGGUCCUUGAAGUGUCACGAAGUCAUGGUUCUGAUGAUCUAUGCGAGCCCGACGGCGCGCAAGACUGUGCGGUGCACGGUGGAUUUCGUUGAGUUCGCAAAUGGUGACCUGGCUGGGACUUCUGGCCUUGUCGGUGCGGCCUGUCCUCACAGCUUCUACGUCCGCAAUACUUUCAUUGAGUGCUGCGAGAGCGAUGGUGAAGUGGUGGGCUCGGCUCGGUGCCGUGCUUCCUCCGCACCGGCGGAACGGAGACGCCAAAACGGCGAUGCCACUGACGCUAGUGGCGGCGAUGCCUUGGAGGCUCAGCGGAAGCUCGAGGCAGCCUUCCAGGAGGCAGAAGAGUUGAAGGAUCUGAUCAGGGAGGCCGAUGCCGAACGAGACACGCUGCAUGAUCAGCUGAAGCAAAUGAGGCAUGGGUCAUACAGCUUCCACGUGCCUGAGGGUGUUGAUGAGAUGAGCGGCACAGUCGCAGAGUUGACGCAGAAACUGGAUGCUGCCAGCAUGGACUUGCAGUCAGCCCGCGACUACUACAACCAUGUGAAGCUGCGCAUCGGACUAAAGAAGGACGCCGCGGGUCGAACUUCUCAUCAUGUUGUGGUUCUGCGAAGCUUCUCAUCUGCCGCAGACUUCUUGAAUUCGCAGGAGUGUCUGCGCGAGGAGAUCAAUGAAAAGGCAGAGGAGCGAGAUCGCUUGAAGGCAGAAUGCCUGGAAGUCAAGGACCAGGUCGAACACCUGCAGCACGAGUGCAACAGGCUGCAUCAAGAAAUCAAGGAUAUGCCGCAUGUGCCGACAAUGCCAACUGACGAAGGCUACAGGAAGCAUAGGCAGCCACCCAAGCUGAAGCCAGAUGAGGCUGCGUGCACAAGACGGGAAGCGCUGCGCUUUCAGGCGCCGGAAGCUAAGGCGAAAGCUGGAGGGAGCAGGAGGUGCAAGCGAGGCACCGGGAACCACCAGCACAGUAACAAGGCGAGCAGGGAAGAUGAUCUUGGAGUGGGAGCUAGUGAAGCUAGCUUGCAAGAGAUCGUCUCUUGCCAGCGUCACGAGCAGAAGCAGAAGAUGCAUGGGCCUCAGCUCUGCGAGCAAACUGCGUCUGCGGACGACUUGCAGCACGACCCGGACCAGUUCGAGCAGCUCCACAUUAGGGACUGGGACACCACCUCAGACGUCGCUUUCCCAGCUGCCAGUGAGGAAGACGACAGCAAGCCGCAAGAGCUUGAAAGGCCAAGUUGGUGCACAGUGGGCAUUUUCGAUUUCCCUCGGGGGCGCGCCGAGGGCGAACAGCCGGAGCCGGACAGCCCAAGUCAGCACGAAGCAGACACAGCACUCAUCAAUGUCUUCGAUGCUGGCGAGCAAGACCAGAGCAGGUUAGGGCUGGACAAGGUAGGCAGGUCAGACAUUUCUAGCUUGGAUGAUUGCGAGCAGGACAAGACGCAACAAGUGCCGGACAUGCCAAGUCGGAAUGUAGGGGAUAUGUCCGAUGUCGGCACGCAGGCCUGUGAGCUCGGCAUGAGGGGACCAGAGCUGGACAGGCCGCGUGAGGAUGCGGCAGGCAUGUCAGGCAGCAAGCAACAAGCGAUGGAUGACCCUGGCGAGGACAUGACAGAUAUCUCAGGCACACAUGGCUGUGCUGACGAAUCAGCUCCUCCACUUCUGCCAACUGCAGAAUCCAUGGCGCGUCAGAGUGACCAAGAGAUGUGGCAGGCGGCCGCAAUUCAUGCAGACGAAACCUCGGGUUGCAGAGCGCAAGUGAUGGCCUCCCGGAAAGAUAUGGAGGCGAACGACCUGGAUAAGAACCUGCUUGGCGAGGUGACAUCUGAAGGUUUCAAAGCCGCUUCGGCAAGUGUGCACAAGCAAGCCGUCCUCGUGCCAGCAGAGACUGGGACAAAGAUUGGGCGCAAGUCCAGCCGUAAAAGUUCUACUGUGGCAGUUGCUUCGCAGAGAAAUGCGGGAGGCCAAGAAGGACGCGCGACCUCAAGCUCGUCUGGCCUGUGCAACACAGGACCGAAGAAGAGCCAAAGCAAAGCCAACAGACACGAGGGAGCCGAUCGGAGCAGUGCUAAGCACCUUCCACACCAGGAGAAGAGCCGCAAGCAAUGCCCACCUUCUAAGUCAAAGGCAAAAAGCAGAAGUCAAGCUGCUGACAUUGAGGCAGUGCAAGCGGAUGCUGUGUGGAAUCCGAUGACGAAGCUGUUCUUGGUGAGCAUCCUCGCCGUGGCUUUGCUGAUGGUUUUUGCGGCGGUGCGCCCUGCGCUGCUCUGA